GCGACAGAUGCUAUAGUGAAGCGACAGUACAAGUGUGGGCAGAAGACGACAGAGCAGCAGGUGGGCAAAAUCAACAGAAGCCUGGCCAAUGCUGGCCUGCCUCAGAUCAAGGAUUGGGACUCUUGGAAGGUCAAACAGAACCUGAAGGGGUGGGGCUGCGGUGGCUCUUGCGUGCUACAUUUGCAGCAGGCUCUGUGCAAGCGAGUUUGCGUCCGGCGCAAAGGCCCUCAAGCAGAAAGGGGGAAGGUUGCGCAAGGCUAUUUGCCGGCCUUCUUGAAGAGUACCUGCGUGAAGCCACUUCGCUUGGUGCACCAAGAUUCCUCCAGGUGCAACCACUGGAGGGAGCGAUGGGGCGAGCUGGAAGGAACGACUCCUACAGUGAGGCAGCUCUUCACUGUAAGUCAGUUGCGUGCAGUUAUCCCAGACAUUGAGAACAGCUUUGACAUGUGCCUUGCGCACUUUGAGUUUUGCCAAGCAGAGGUUCGUGCAGCUACGCAAGUCCACAAGCAAAGUAUGUGGCACUUCUGCUGCCUAUUGCUGUCUUGCUUGCUUCCAUUGCAGCAGAUGCCCGCAAACAAGCAGACAGACAUCAGAGCUCGGGCGUUGAAGGCCCUGGAGAUGAUGACUCCAGAGCAUAUUGGUCCUGCUGGUCUCUCUGCAGACUUUUCUGCGGAGGUUCUUCGGUUUGUGCGGCUGCACGAUGUUCGGGACCACGAUGUGGCUGCCACAUCUUACGAGAAGUUUGAGUUCACCCGACGAUUGAAGAUGCUAUUCUCUUACGGUGUCAUUUUGACGCCAGAUGGGGUUGCUGAGGACACGUACACCAACUUGGCAAUCAGGAAUGCCAAGCAGGCAGGGGCCAUCCAGUUUGGAAACAGGCUUCAUACUUUGUGGCGGCCACUAAGCCGUGAACGGGCAACGGCAUUGGCGCAGAGCGUCAAGAAUGUUGCUGAUGUAGUAAACGAUCGGAUCGAGGCUGAGAUGCACAGCAAGGACCUUGACAUGGCAUUUAGCUGCUUUGAUUUGAGGUUGUGGCAUGAAGCAAAGGAGAAGCUAGACAAAGGUCAGGUUCAGUAUUGGCGCGCUUUUGAAGCUGGAAUGGGCUUGCAAGUGAAUCGUCUGAGCAAGACUCUUGGCAUCGACGCCGAUUUGGCCCGCAGAGAACUGACUGCU